AUGAAGCAACGAUCGCAUACCGUGACGUACCUCUCGCUCCUGGUUGCCGCGUCGUGCCUCGUCAGCUACGCUGCCGCGCAAUGCGGCGCCGUGUGCACCGUUCCCGGAACCGCGCUCGUUAACAGCGACUGCGUUGUCCAGUGCAACAAUUGCGGGUACGCGACACCCUACGGAUGUGCUACCUACUUCCAGCCCUAUUGGAACUCCGGUGCCUACGUGUCUGCCAGCUGCAGCUACUCGUGCUCCAGUGGCCUCGCCUGGUGGACCUGGCUGCUCAUCAGUUUCGCGAUUCUCUUCAUCUCUGUAGCGGUGGGCUUCGGGGUUUACGUGUGCCUGCGCUCCGCCCGCAGCUGA